ACAGCACCAGCAUGCCAGCACAAAAUACACAACCUUUCUCGAAUACAGUUCAUCCAGUUUAGUUAUGCAUACUUAUGCAAAUUAGUCGGCAACAGGUGUGCGCGUUUAGUUUUUGGUUUAGUUUUCAUGAACAAUACAUCUUGAUGCUGCACUGUUUGGAUGUGUUUUUUCAUACUCGUGUUAGCGCUUAUCAGUAAAGUGUACACGGAAUAAAACCGGAUUAUUGGUGUAUGUUUAGUGUUCGGCAGUUUGUUUUUGUGUCAGCUAUUACUGUGAUACUUUACGGAUACAUUAUAACUUGAGGAUAAAACCUUCGAUGACUGAGAUUUAGUUACGGAAAUAUCACUUGGAGAGUAGUGUUUAAACGAAACCAGGUUGGUCUACUUUCAAGCUCGCUCUACUUUCAAGAUCACUGUUGGUGUUUUGCAUGUAACUGUCAUCGUGAACAGAGUAUUUUGAAACAUAUUUCGGUCUGCAAACACGCCUUGUGAUAUUCAGAUCACUGUUGGUGUUUUGCAUGUAACUGUCAUCGUGAACAGAGUAUUUUGAAACAUAUUUCGGUCUGCAAACACGCCUUGUGAUAUUCACCAAGUUAAUUGGACUUGUACGAAAGGUUUUGGAAAUUUCGCAAAGUCGGUCAACUACAACAAGAAAUAGCGUCAACACUAGUUUUAGAACUGCUUUAACUUUGCAAUACUCGUACCAUGUGAAUUAGUUAUACUGACAAUUCUAGAACAAUGGAGCGGUUAGAUGAGGCGAGAAUACAACAACUAUUUGCGGCUUGUGAUUUGAACAACAGUGGAUGUAUCGAGUAUGAUGACUUGAAAGAACUAUGUGCCGAUUUGGCCAUUAGAGAAAACGAACUUAUUGAUGUAUUUCGUGAGCUAGAUAUCAAUGGAGAUGGAAAAAUCACAAUCUCCGAGUUUACGGAAGGAUUUCAGAGUGUGGAGACACUUUUUAUGCGGUCUAAAACGGAGCAAGCACGGCGGAAGAGUCAGCCACUGAAUGCUCAGAUAUCGUGGGAGGCUUUCUCAGGGCAGCUUGCAGGGUCUCAAUCCCUUAUGCCAUGCCAGGAGCAAGUGUGUGAGUUAUACCAACAACUUCAUACGGCUGAACUUCCACAUUGCUUGAGCCAGUUUGAAACCAUCAUAUUCGAGACGAUUAAAGACAUCAAACAGCAGCAGGCAGAAACAACUCGAUUGGAACAGUCACUGAAAAGAGCCAACGAGUCCCACACAGAGCAUCUUCAACACAUAGAGCUGGAGAUGGAGACACAAAUGACAAAGUUAGAAGCAAGAGUAAGAGAAGAAGAGAAAGAAACAGCCAUCAUUGAGAAAGAAGAACUCAAGAAAAGAUUAGAGGCUGAGAUAACUGAGUUACAAGCAAACCUCAGCAGAUUUCACUCCUUUGAAAAGAGAUGGCACAGUCGAGAGAAACCCAAAGAUGAAGCGCUUAAGAAGAAACUGGAUGAGUUACAGCAUGAGAAUAGACAACUAAAGAGCAGCUUAACCGAAGCCUCAACUACACUAGCCAUAACACGUAGUGAGUUAGCAGCAUUCAAGUCAGAGUAUGAUGAGUGUAUGGAUAGUGAUAAAAGUUUACUGCACGAGUACAUGUACGAUCAUGACAGUCUCGCAAGACAAGUUCAGUUGCUACAGGAGGCAAACAGAAGAUUACAAGAUACAAAUGACGAUCUACGAGCCACUGUUGACAGUAUGAAGCGGUAUCAGCAUCAACGGUCACGCUCUGUUACACCAACCAAUCAGAAGAGGAAUGCCUUCAGCAUGGUGCAUUAUGGUGAAGAUUCACCUUUGACCUUAAACAUGGCCGCUGCUGAUUCAUUUAGUCGAAGAAGGCGGAGUCUAAUAUCUCAAGAUUCCGUAGAAAGUGAAUCUCCAAUGCUUUGUCUGCCUGGAUCGGGUUCGACUAAACGGCGAUUCGUUUAUCAUCAAACAGCCGACGGUGAAAGCUAUCCAGAUGAAGUCGACUCUGGAAACUCCACAUUACGGGAUCCACACGAGUUGGAUUCAGAGCUGGAAUCAAACUGCGUGGAUGAGGACAUUAGAAGGGCGACCCCUAUCGAGGAGAUUACAAUCAAGGAAGCUGUGGUUGUCUGCGAUAAUCAACAGCCAACCCAAACUCAAAGAGUGGAGUCUGUAACGGAUGACGUCACCGCCUUAAAUAAGUCUGACGUCACGGUUGCUAAAAAGUCACCGGUCCACGAACCAGUCGCCUCUUUGAAGAAUGAAAGACUGCAGCGUAACAUCUCACCUCGUAACUCUGGUCGCAAGAGGGCGCUUCCACAGGUACCAACGAAGAUACAACCAAAAAGACCUCAAAGUCCACCGGAACGUAUGUACAAAAUAGUGUUAGCUGGAGACGCAGCUGUUGGCAAGUCUAGCUUCAUAAUGCGCCUGUGCAAAGGAAUCUUCCAAAGUAACCUCAACUCCACAUUAGGCGUCGACUUCCAAAUGAAAACCAUCGAGAUAGACGAUAAAGUGACGUCAUUACAGCUAUGGGAUACAGCAGGGCAGGAAAGAUUUCGUAGCAUCGCCAAAUCGUAUUUCCGACGUGCAGAUGGUGUUUUAUUGUUGUACGACUGUACGUACGAAAGGUCCUUCAUUAAUGUACGCGACUGGAUUGAAGCUAUUGAGGAGGGCGCUAACAAGCCGAUACCGGUGAUGAUAUGCGCUAAUAAGGUGGAUGCGCGCGCAUCUGCACAGGCUGAGGGGAUAAGAUGCGUGCGCACAGAAGAUGGAGAGAGACUUGCUUCGUCCUUCAACGCCUUGUUUAUAGAGUGUAGUGCAAAGGAUGGAAGUAACGUAGAAGAAGCAGUAGAGGACCUUACGAGGAAAUUACACAAGCGGGAAGAUAAGGAGGUGUCUGAGAGUGGUUUGAGUCUCACCAAUAACUACGAGAAGAAGAAUGACUUCAAAUGUUGUAUUUAAAUAUCGGGAGCAAAAGUCAUGUACUAAUGACGUCACAACAAUGACGUCACAUCCGGCUACAACACCACUCUUUUGCAUAAGUUUGUAUCCACUGUUGCACAUUUAAGCUAAUAAAGCCGUGCUUUUUAAUCUUGUACACAACAGGACCAAAUCCAAAUUAGAGAUUGGUGCUGUGGAGAGGGACCAGGUGUAACAAAAUGGCCGACACAUUGUUAAAGGUCAUGGGUCAUAAUUUACCCACGUUUUCCACAGGUUGCUUCCAUGGCAACAAUACAACAGUUAAAUUUUUUACUUUUCUUAAUGUUGUAAAAAUAAAACUCAAUUUAACCUCCUUAAGGCUUUGAAGGUUUCAUUUGUGUAAUAAACAAAUCAAUAAUAAUGGCAAAAUUGCGUGUGGUGCUGGUUACCAUUACGCUUAGGGUUCAUGUUUUAGUUUCUUCUAUUUAUUUGUUUAUUUAUUUAUCUUAAGUACAACUAAAACUGUCUAUUUUAUUUAUGAGAGCGAAUAAUAUACUCAGUCAACUUUCCGUGUUUGGGGUUUUGUCAUUUUUAUCCUUGGUCGUCUCUCAUUGUUCAUUUCAAACCCCAGCCUGUAUUCAAAAGGUAUCAAAUACGGACCAAUUACGAAUACGAACCAAUUAAGAAGAUCUAAAAUAAGGCCAUUUCCAAAUGAGCGACUAUGGCUCUGGUUGGAUCACAGUGUUUCAUGCGUUGAAGCAUACGAUAUCCUAAGCAACGCCCUUGACAACGGCCACAGGCAUAGCCGCUAGUUCGGACAUGGCCUCAUUUCUAAUUAUCCUCAUACUACACAAAGUGAGAAUACAGGACCGUCAGAACAAAAAAAUCCGAAACAUUAAAACCGAAAUAAAACCUGCAACCUCAUGGCCAAUCUUCAUAGAGCUGUUGAGUUUAAAAUUGUACUGCUUAGAGCCAACACUGGAUUGGUAGGGGCCUAAAACGUGCUGGUCACGUUUUAUUGUAAGAUUAUUUAUCAAAGUGGACGCUAAAAAUCGUAUCGUUUUUUUUUCCUCAAAUCUUUGGAAUGAACUUGACAAUCACAUCGUCAUGUUUAGCCGCACACGGUUUAAAUAGAUGUAUAAACAUGUAAAUAAUAUAAGUAUAAUAAAUGUUUAAACAAUCAAGUGUCUCAGAGCCUCUAAAAUAAUCUUAGGAAUAUUCACCGAAUAAUAUUUUUGUUAUGAAAUAGAUGUUAGAGGAGUAUUUGAAAUAAUUAUAUUGUACAGUUGUAAAUAUUUGGACCCAUUACUAAAAUGCCGCCGCUUAGGUCUUGUUGCAGCUGUAAGGUGUCGAUAAUCAACUUCUAUUUUUCACUGUUUAUAAGAUAUAUCAUAUUAUUUUUGCUUUUGGUGUUUUAACAUGGGUUAGUAAUGUUUGAAGCUUUGCAUGGUUUGGAUAAAAGGAUGUAACUAUUACUAUAGUAAACGUGUGGAUACAGUCGUCUGUAACUCUCUUAUGAGAUGAGUGUUGGCUCGACCACACCAACUGGUCUCAUUUUCAUGAAGAAUAUUAGUAUACAAACUUCCUAAGCCCGAACAAAAUAUUGCUUAACAGAAGCUGGCAACCAACCAAACAUCACUAACGUUUACAUUGGUGCAACUGGUGCCCCUCUCUAAGCAGUUAUUUUUGCUUAAAAGCUUUGAGAUUCAACACUUAUACAAUGUGAGGUUCAUGGUUGUAAUUGCAAGUUUACUAGUUAUGGCUACUUCCUAACAUUAUAAUUAUACAGUACAAGCAAAAUAUUUAUUUUUAAAUAAACCAUUGCGCAUUAUGGGGGCACGAAGUUAUAUUGCCUAAAAAUGUACACUGAUCAAACACAUUAUUCUCCAAAAUCCAUCAUCAUGAAACAUUCAUUUGUAUUUUUCCUUUCACUUUACAAUUAUUGCCCACAUACUUUGUACACAAUGCUCUCUGUGGAGCACACUGGACUCUUCAACAUUUUAAUGUAGAGACAUGUUCUUUUCAAGUUUGUUUUUGUUUUGUCAUUGGUCUCCAUAAUGUAUAUCUAAAUCAAGUACACUGGUAAUAUUUCUCAACUAUUUGCCCGACUUUGCGAGGGUAGUUUCUCCCCUGCGUUUUUAAUUUGUUAAACUUUUCAAAGCAUCCCCCAAAAAUUAUUUUUUAAAGAUAUUUAUAAAUCAACUUAUUUAUGAGUUAAAGCCUUUGUUUUAAGGUGUUUGGUAUUCAUUGUGCCUUAUUCAUGGGCAUCUCUUAAUUCAGUCUGUCUUGUGAUAACGUGUCUUUUUUUUUCGUUUCUAAACAUUUAAUUUUAUUUAUUGGCAAUUCAGUAAAAUGUUUUUGUUUUAAUCAGCUGGGAAAAUGUUUAAACUUUGCUUCUGAAACAAAUAAUUAAGAAGUAAAUCUAGGAAUGUGUGUUUGUAUACCACUGUUAAAUAAUCCUGUUAAUUAAAAAAAAAGUAAAACAUUUACAGCAUAUUUAAAUAUUUUUUGGUUAAUUUUGAGCAGCUAAGACAUGUUUUGCGUCAGUUUUUAUGCACUAAUUUAAUGUGAAAUAUCAAUAUUUUAAGGUGGCAGAAUCUGAUAUGUAUUUGCAAUAGUUUGAUUUUAAAUACUGCACUGUGCAAUAGUUAUAUCAUUCCUGUAGCAUGUAAUAAUACACACUAAGCAAGAAAUCUAUAGCAUGUGAAUGUGAGAGAACCGUAUACCUGUUUCAUCAUUAGAAUAGUACUGUGCACUACUGGGCAUGGUUUAGAGUUAAUCCGGAUUCCGAGUUCCUGGGGUCAGACGCAUGUCUGAGUCGGAAUUACCGGAAUGCAGGCUAUCCAGUGCGAUUGUUACUCGAAGUCUGCGUGAGGUUUGACAGAGAUUCCCACUGGACCAGGAAUCCGGAUCAAUUCUGAUUGGUUUUUUUUUUAGAGUAUGGUGUACAUAAAGCAUCAAUAAGUCUGUGAUAGGUUAAAGCAUCAAUAAGUCUGUGAUAGGUUAAAGCAUCAAUAAGUCUGUGAUAGGUUAAAGCAUCAAUUUGCACUAAAUAUAGUUGGUCUAUCUGGGAAAAUGUUGUAGAAUUUUGGCUCCGGCUUAUGCUGCGUCUUGACGUGCGCUUUGGUAGUCUUCAAACAGCCUUAGCUGAAGCCUUAGUUGUGGACCAUUAGUACUGGCUGUAACCACAGGUAAUAACCAUAGACAAUCACAAUCCGAAUCUAUAAUCCAGCCAAAUCUUAAAGUCAAAACAACAGCUAGUUUUUCCUUUGUGGACUUCAAUUCGAAUCCCGCCCAGAUCGGAUCCACCCAAACAGCGUGGAGUGGGUUUUCAAUCCCUUACCAGGCACAAUGCAUAAAGCCGUGAAGCAAAGAACACUGCUUAGCAAACUCCUCUGCUAAGCAACAACUAAAUAAUAAGUGGAGUACAACUUAAUUGAAUUUUUUACCUGGCCCCAAGCACAUAAACUUGCUUAGCACAGACAAGUAUUGCUUGACAUAAACAGGUUACCAGCCAAAUUAACAAUAAGUUUACACUGGUAUGGUUUCUGCCACAUUAAAUUUUUGCGUAGCAAAAAUAUUUGUCAAUCAGUCUUAUCAAUCUUGUCAAUCAGCUUAAUCGCUUUUUGAAUGAGUUCCUUUUACCGCUUAGCCCGGCCCAGUAUCAUGGCACUGCUGACUGCAGAAGUCUGCGCGUAUCCUCGGAAUCAACACUUUUAUUCACACUGGGCCCAAAAUAAGGUUUAUUGAUUCAAUAUAUUGACUUGCCCUAUCACAAUUUAAUUUCAGUAUGUUAUAAGAAAAUUAGUUAUUGGACAUAGUUGCUUGUAUAUUCAACUUAUGUAGUGAAUUACUCUUGGUAACUAUUAAAAGUGUACUUUCGUGCAAUCUCUUCAUUAAAAAAUAGUCACGUGAACUUUGA